UUAGCAAGUUUGACAUCUGAAGAAAUCUAGUUUACAAAUCAAUGAAUCUGUUAACAAAGAAAUGGAGACCCAAGAGGUAAUCACCCUUCAAUUUGGAAGUUAUUCAAAUUAUGUGGGAGCACACUACUGGAACUUGCAACAAAAAGCAAUUUUAGAUUCAGAUGAAGAAGAUAAUAUAAAACUAUUUAAAUCUAGUUUUGGAAAACAUAAGAAUAAAUUUCCUCGCACUAUUUGUUUUGAUAUAAAAAACAGUCUUAAAACUUUAAAAGAAGAUGGAUCUUUUACUGAUGAAUUAAAGCAAAAAGAAAAUAUAAAUGGGUUGCCUUUUGAAAGUGAACCUGUGUUGUAUGAGCAAGAUUUGUUUAAAAAAAAUCUCUCAAAAGAGUCAAAAGAUUUUGAGGAAACUGUUACUACAUGGACUGACUUUAUGGAAUUUGAGUUACAAGAGAAUUCAUUGCAAUUGCUUUCAAAUAAUUACAAUGAUGGAGAAAGUUUCACUUGUUUUGGAUUGGGAAAACAAGAAUUUUUGAAUAUUCGUGAAGAAUUUGAAGAUAAGUUACAUUUUUGGGUUGAAGAAUGUAACAAUUUAGAAGGUUUUCAGGUAUUUACUGAUUUUCAUAAUGGUUUUAGUGGAUUGUCGUCGCAGUGCGUGGAAGAUCUUCGCGAUGAAUAUAACAAGAAGUGUUUACUUUCUUAUUUAAACUGGCCCGUACAUUUAUUAAACAAAGAAAACUGUAUAUAUGAAGACAUCAACGCUGCUUUAGCUUUUCGUUCAUACAUGGAUUUUUGUGAUCUCUCUGUAAUCCAAAGUUUACAAAAAGAUAUGUUUGAUCAGAAAUCUUUAAAUGUUGUCAACAUUGAGAACAUAAAUUACAAGCCCAAUCUACAAUACCACACAAGUGCUGUUCUUGCUGCUACAAUUGAUUGCACCUCUUUGUCAUGGCGACUACCUAAUAGAAAGAUAAGUAUGUCGGAGCAAUGCUAUUUAAUUAGUCAAGGUACGCGCACUUUUGCUGGUUCAGCUUUCAGCGUUCCUUUUGUUAAAAGUUCUAACACAUUAUUGGAGAAACUUUACAGCAUGGAUAGUUAUUAUGAUUCUUUGGUUUUUACUCUCAGUCCUUAUGCUUCUAAAUCGCUGGUUCCUUUCAAUCAGCUUAUUACGUUACGGAAUAUUCCCGAAAAUAUGAUCAUACCCUCAGUAAUUAAACCUGCAUUAUUACAGUCGUUGGGAUUAAAUUCCAACGUAUUUAAUUUAAACCCUAUCAGCGUGUUAGACUUUUUUUCAUCCAAGUUUUAUCCAUCAGAAAGUACAAUUUCCCAUUCUUUUUAUUCAAAACAAAGACUUGAUUUAGGAUUUCCCUUUCCUUCUAUCAUUAAUGGAAAAUCUGGUGAUAAAAAAGAUCUUUACAACAAUGUUACUUCUAUGGGAGCACUUUAUUCAUCGCCAAGUUUCAAUUUAGUGCUGAACGAAGUUGUCAAACGAAUAAAGAAACUUAGUACUUCUAAAAAACAUAUUUUACAAGAAUUUGAUCUUAAUAACGAUCUAGCAAAAGAGUUAAUAGAAGAUUUGCAAAAUCUAGCUUAUAUUUAUGAUGAUUGUAAACUUUCGUUGUGAUUUGUUGCAUUUAUAAUUUCACCUUUUCUUUCGAAACAAAGUCUAACUCAUAUUUAUGAUGAUUGUAAACCUUUUUUGUGAUUUGUUGUAUUUAUAAUUUAACCUUGCUUUUGAAA